CGCGGCCUCCAUUUGCAGGUGGAGGUUUGGGCCUCUCCGGGCCUUUCCUCUCUGCUGAAUUCGCCACCGAGAAAGAAUCUAACUGCUCCGCUUCCGCCCCAGCAGCAGCCGGUGCAUUUCAAGCGGGGGUUGGCUCCCCUUCUUAUUCUGCGCUGCCCCUUUGGCCCGGGGGAUGCAGCACAGGCCUUGGCUUCCGUUACCAAGCGGCGGAGUAAACAGAAAACGCGAUGCCCGCUGCUUCUCCAGGCAGGGCUGCGCCCUGUUGCUUGCAGCCUGGCCGGCGUUAGGACUUGGGAGUUCAGAGCACCCACGAGAAGCCGUGGGGAGAUAGAGGCACAAGGCAGGGUCAGGGCAGCAGGGGCCUGCCUCUACGAAGGAAGGAAAAACAGGCAAGGUGAGGAAAGAGAUCCUGGAGGAGAGAGAAAAGCAGGAAAUCAGCUUGACUAGGCAUCAUUGGUCAUCGACUGCGGCGGGGGCGGAGAUGAUUUGUGAAGAGCAGGAAUAUUUCCCACUAUGACCCCACACGGGACAAUAUUUCAAAUGUCGCAAACUCCGCGCAACUGAGCCCAGCAGACUGAGAGGAAGCCUAACUUUAGUGCAGGGAAAUCUACAAAAAUACCGCAGCCUUUCGCUCCUGGCGCUUUUGAAGGUUGGACAACGCUGGGACUUGAAAUCGCUUGAAAGUGUGUUGGCUGGAAAAGUGAGAGUUAAUUAAAAACAAACCUUUCCACCGAGGUUGUGUUCAGAAAAUUCUUUGGCAGCACACCAUGCGAGGGUUUCAAAAACUCAAAUAACGAAGAUUGUCACACACUAAUAAGCGCAUCCAUUUUGCAUUCGUCAGAAUAUGUCCAAGCAGAAAUCCUUGGCAUUUGAAUUUGUUCUAAAUGACGAAAAAGCAGAGGUUAUUAAUAAAAGAAGCCAGCUUGUUUUUAUAUUUUAAAAAAUGCGAUGGUAUGCAAUCGCUUCCCCCCACCUCAGUUGAAAUAAAGACAACGUGAAAAUUUAGUACAGUACUGGAAAAAGCCAUGUAAUUUGAAACAGAAGGGCCUUUAUUGGGAAAUAUUCUGUAAAAGAAAAUUAAAAAUCAUGUAUGGAAAAAUCUCUCAUAAAUCGGGUUGAAUAAAAUAAUACCUAAGAAACAAAACUUACUAACCAGCAGCAUUUAAGUAACCUGGUUCCGUUUUGCGUAUCUUUAAUAAUAAUCCUCCCAGUUUCCGUGUCAUAAUUAUUACCACUCAACAAGGAAAAGUGUAAUGAAUUUUAUACGUAGAGAACAAGUUUUACAGCUCCAGAUUUUCCAUAUAACGCACAGAUAUAAAACAAAGAAAAAAGAACCCCCCCCAAAAAGCAACAACAAAAAAGAAAAUAACAGAAACUCAUAAAAGAGGUGUAAUGGAUUCAUUGAAAAUAAAGCAACUGCAAAGCACAUCUUUAAAUGUAUUUAAUUGUAUGCAUUAUUCAGCUGCCCCAACUGAGUGGUUUAAUAAUUUAGAAUCAAUAGUUUUCCUAAAUCUUUAUAAAAUAUUUACAAAUAAUAAAAUAUUAAUCGAUUAACAAGCCAGUUGUAUUCUUUGUAGGAGCUAUACUAACGUUCUGCAAUCAUGCUGUUGACACAAGUCUCUGAUGUUAAGGAAAGGAUCACUGACAAAAUGUAAACGAAGAUAUUCAGACAGUGGUGUUUAUAAAAUAGCUCAUUAAUGAGCUUGGAUUGACUCUGUCCAUCCACAUCAUCAGAUACAAUAAUAGUGACGAAUCAGACAGGGAAGAUCCUGGCUAACCCACUGGUAUUUUUUCCAGAAGUACUGAAGUCCUAAGUCACCAAAUCUAACUUUCUGGCCACUGAUCCGAAGGAAUUCGUAGUUCAACAUCAAAGGUCCUUGCUCAUUUUACUGUGAUCUGCCAGUGGGAACUUUGUCGCCAAGUCAAAGUAGCAUGGAGCGGAGAAGUGAGAGUCCCUGUCUAAGGGAUAGUCCAGACAGAGGGAGCGGCAGUCCUGAUGUCAAAGGUCCUCCCCCAGUGAAGGUGGCCAGACUCGAGCAGAAUGGCAGUCCUAUGGGAACCCGAGGGAGGCCCAAUGGCUCUGUGACCAAAUCAGUGGGAGGUUUGAUGAUUCCUGUCUUUUGUGUGGUGGAGCAGUUGGACACCUCCCUCGAAUACGAUAAUCGAGAGGAGCAUGCAGAGUUCGUUCUGGUUCGCAAAGAUGUGCUCUUUAGCCAGCUGGUGGAGACGGCGCUCCUGGCUCUAGGGUAUUCCCACAGUUCUGCAGCUCAGGCACAAGGAAUAAUCAAACUUGGGAGGUGGAACCCUCUCCCCCUCAGUUACGUGACUGAUGCACCAGAUGCGACAGUAGCCGACAUGCUACAAGAUGUCUAUCAUGUUGUGACAUUGAAAAUCCAAUUACAAAGUUGUUCAAAAUUGGAAGACUUGCCAGCAGAGCAGUGGAACCAUGCCACAGUCCGCAAUGCCUUAAAAGAGCUGCUUAAAGAGAUGAAUCAGAGCACAUUAGCCAAAGAAUGCCCUCUCUCACAGAGUAUGAUUUCAUCCAUUGUAAAUAGCACAUACUAUGCCAAUGUGUCAGCAACCAAAUGCCAGGAGUUUGGGAGAUGGUAUAAAAAGUACAAGAAGAUUAAAGUGGAAAGAGUCGAAAGAGAAAAUCUAUCAGACUAUUGUGUUCUGGGUCAGCGUCCCAUGCACUUACCAAAUAUCAAUCAACUGGCAACCUUGGGAAAAACUAAUGAACAGUCUCCUCAUGGCCAAAUUCACCACAGUACUCCAAUCCGAAACCAAGUGCCAACAUUGCAGCCAAUCAUGAGUCCUGGUCUCCUGUCUCCUCAGCUCAGUCCACAGUUGGUAAGGCAGCAGAUAGCAAUGGCCCACCUGAUAAACCAACAGAUUGCUGUAAGUCGGCUAUUGGCUCACCAACACCCACAAGCUAUCAACCAGCAGUUCUUGAAUCAUCCACCCAUCCCUAGAGCCGUUAAACCAGAGCCAACGAAUUCAUCCGUGGAAGUCUCUCCAGAUAUUUACCAGCAAGUGAGGGAUGAGCUGAAGAGAGCCAGUGUGUCCCAAGCUGUCUUUGCAAGAGUGGCAUUCAAUCGCACCCAGGGAUUGCUGUCAGAGAUCUUGCGUAAAGAAGAAGACCCUAGGACAGCUUCCCAAUCCCUCCUGGUAAACUUGAGAGCAAUGCAGAAUUUUCUCAACCUGCCUGACACAGAGCGGGAUCGUAUAUAUCAGGACGAGAGAGAGAGGAGUAUGAACCCCAAUGUGAGCAUGGUGUCUUCAGCAGCCAGCAGUCCGAGUUCUUCCAGAACCCCCCAGGCCAAAACCUCGACACCGACAACAGACCUCCCCAUUAAGGUGGACGGCGCCAACGUCAACAUCACAGCUGCCAUUUAUGACGAGAUCCAACAGGAGAUGAAAAGGGCCAAAGUGUCUCAGGCCCUGUUUGCCAAAGUGGCUGCCAAUAAAAGUCAGGGCUGGCUGUGUGAGCUGCUCCGCUGGAAAGAGAACCCAAGCCCGGAAAACCGCACCCUCUGGGAGAACCUCUGCACCAUCCGCCGCUUCCUGAACCUUCCUCAGCACGAGAGAGAUGUGAUCUACGAGGAAGAGUCCAGGCAUCACCACAGUGAGCGCAUGCAGCAUGUUGUCCAGCUCACUCCUGAGCCUGUGCAGGUCCUGCAUAGACAGCAGUCGCAGCCUGCGAAGGAAAACACUCCUCCAAGAGAAGAAGCCCCGCCUCCAUCUGCUGAGGACAGUUGUGCCAAAAAGCCAAGAUCCCGUACCAAGAUAUCCUUGGAAGCUUUAGGCAUCCUUCAAAGCUUUAUCCACGAUGUAGGCUUGUAUCCUGACCAAGAGGCCAUUCACACGCUGUCUGCUCAACUCGAUCUGCCCAAGCACACAAUCAUAAAAUUCUUCCAGAAUCAACGUUACCACGUAAAGCACCAUGGGAAGCUAAAAGAGCAUUUGGGAACAGUGGUCGAUGUGGCAGAGUACAAAGAUGAGGAGCUGCUGACUGAAUCGGAGGAGAACGACAGUGAAGAAGGCUCUGAGGAAAUGUACAAAGUGGAAGCCGAAGAGGAGAAUCCUGACAAAAGCAAGUCAACACCUUCAGAAAUUGACCAGAGAUAA